GGCGACAACCCGACCUCGGCCGCCCUGGGCACGGUCACGAGCCAGGCCGCCCCGAAGGCGGAGACCAGUGCGCCUGUCGAGGCGCCCGCCAAGGGCGUCGAGCACACGCCCGCGGCCGACGCGGCGACCAAGCAGCUCGUCGAGAAGCGCGAGGUCGAACCAGCACGCGCAGAGGUGGCGAAGCCGCCCAAGCGGUCCAGGGGCGCCACCAAGUGCCAUGAUGACCAGCAGCCGCCCAAGCAGCCCAGGAAGGCAGCGAGGCAGCAGCAGAGCCCCAACGAGAAGGUUGACAAGCAGGCGCUGGCCAAAGCGAAGGAGAACUUCGAGAUGUGCGCGAAGGUGAAGGCCCGUGGCGAAUCCAUGGUGUGGAACGUGUCCAACAUGGACGAAUGGAGCUGGGCGAAAAACGACCCCUUGAUGCCCGAGCUCGACGCGGGCCUCAAGAAGCUCACCGAGCAUGCGAUGGAGGUGCCGAUCCUUCAGAAGGUGAUGUCCAUGGAGUUCACGGCCAUGAAGAGCACGCUCUCGGAGAAGGACUUCACCGCGGCCCUGGGCGCCCUGCCCCAGCCCGACGGGCCGCUGAACGCUGUCAGGGAGGUCCUGAACGCCCUCCAAGGCUGCCACGGCCAGAGGCAGAAGUGA